GUACAUGGCAAAAAUAUAAACAUUUCUUAUACUGUUUUCUUAUGUUUUUGUUACAUAAUUUAUGAAUUGGUGAUAAACAGUGUGCCGUUUUUGAGUUUUGAAAAUGAACGGUGUAAACUCUUUAUUUUCUUACAUUGAUUUUUUUUAUUUUUUUACUUGCAAAAUUUUAUAGAGCUUAAACAAUUGUGUGGGCAGAUCGUCAAAAGUGUUAAAAACUUGUAAUGUUUUGGAUUAUUCGCUAUUCAUACAAAAUAGGGAAAAUUUGGAUAAAUGCACUUCAAUAAGAAUAUAAUUUGAAAAAUACACCUUUGUUUAAGCUUUUUGAAAAAUACACUUAUCUAUAUAUAAAUUUACCAAAUUGCCCAAUCUUAAUAGUUAUCAAUUUCUAUUAAACAAUUUUUUAAAAAAUUAUUUUAAAAGAAAAUCGUUAGAGAUAGGGAAUUAUUUGUGAAUCCACUGUUCAGAAUUUUUUCCAAUUCUUUCAUAUACACAUGAAAGUAAUCUUUCGAUAAGACUUCAAUGCAAGCAACACCAUAUGUUUUCUGUGACUUUAAACUGUUGGUAUGUGUUGUUGGUAUGUGUUUGUUCUUCCUCUGCCUUUCUUUUUCCAUUACUUUCUUUUUGAAUCUUGUACUCCAUCUCUAUAUAAACAACAUAAAUUAAAAAAUUUGUAAGAUACACGAAUCAAAUCAUUGGCUCAAACAUAUUUAUUGGAUUUUCAUGACACGUGAAAAAAGAAGAACAAACCGAUGAAUAAUAAUCAGUGCAAUUCUUUUUCAUAUUCAAAAAAAAAAACACAUAUCCGAAUACAUCAUAUUAGGUAUAACUUACUUGGCUCCAGUAGAGAAGAUGAAAAAUUUUGUAGAGACAAACGUGACUUGCUUUUCUUUUUUAACAACGUGACUUGUUUAUGUAAGUUGAAGAAAAUAAAAUAAAGGGAAAUCUGUAUAAACAUCAUGAUAAAGUCAAAACAAGUCAUAAUUCACAUGUUUAUAUUUGUUAUUGUAAAAUUUAAAUGGUAAAAUAACAUAUUUAUCUCAACACACAUAUUUAUCUAAUUUUAAUGAUAUUAUUUUAUUAGUUUCGAAUUUAUAUAUUAAUUUCGAAUUAUAUUUUGGAUAAAAAGGUCAAUUCAUAAUUAAGGAAGUGUAUUUUUCAAAAGUUAAAAUAGAAAAUGCAAUUAUCAAAUUUCAAAUCCUAAAUAGGGUAUUUUGUAAAUUAUCCCAAAAAAUAUGCUUCUCUUGCAUUAAAAAAUCUUGUUCGAUUUACAGAUUUCGGACUUAUAUAUUUUUAAGACACUUAAGUACGUACAUGGCAAAAAUAUAAAUGUUUCUUAUACUGUUUUCUUUUUUUGAAACACAAACAUUCUUAUUCUAAAGUUUUAUAUUAUGUACUAUUAUAAGAUUGAAUAAAACUUAAUGUUUGUAUCCAUUUGAGGAAGAAAACGUAAUUCUAUUAUACGAAUUCUAAAUUUGAUUAUUUCUGAAAGUAAUAAGUAUUAACCAUCAGAUUAACGGAAAUCUUGGAUUAAAUACACACAUUUUCCACUUGUUUUUGCUUUAUCACCUUUGUUAUACUCUCUCCACCAUUCUUCAAACAAUCAUUUUCGAUAUUUUUCUUUUUCAUUUCUUUGAUGAACCUUUGCUCCUUAUUUUUCCCCUCCUGAAAUUCGAGUAUUUUUAGGUGAAUUUACUAUAUUUUUCAUUUACCAAACCAUUUUUGUUUUGCUUUUAAUUUUUUUUUGAAACACUUUUUUGCUUUUAAUUAUUUUCUUAUUUUUGAUAGGAGAAUCCGCUAAUUAAGACAAACCUACAACUUUCUAAGAUGUAUUCUUAAUUUGUCUCCCAGAAUUAUUUUGGAGUCUUGAGGAAUGAUCUUUCUUCACUUCGUUUAUUUUUCAUAAAAUUGUUUUCCUCAGUUUUGAUAGCCGCCAACUUCUUGUUUCUGGAAUCGUGAGGAAUUGUAAAUAGCAUUUUGCGAUUGUGAAAUUUGUGUUGUUGCAUGCAACAAUUUUCAUAAUUUUAUUUUAAAAUUUUCAUCUUUUUUUUCAUCUUCAUUUUCUUAUGUAAACAAAAAGAAAACACCUGAAUUAGAGACCUAUGCAACUGACAAUGUCAAGCUCCAAGAUGAAAAGCCUCUUGAAAGGCCUACGAUACAUUUCUCAAGUUUUUGAAAGUGGAAAAGAAGAAGAGAUAGAGAUAGGGAAUCCAACGGACGUAAAGCAUGUUGCUCAUAUUGGUUGGGAUGGUCCAUCCGCUACUCCUGCCUCCGCACCAAGCUGGAUAAACGAGUUCAAAAAUGGUGGAGGAUUCGAAUCUGGACAAGGAGGCGGAGAAGAUGAUUCAUCCGUGAAAUGUAUGUCGGAAUGUGGCGGUCGGACCAGAGAUUUACCAAAACUACCAAAAUCUUCGAGGAAAGCGGCUUCCGAGAAAGGUUCUCCGACAAGGGAAAUAUCAUCUGACAAAACUAAACGAAGGUCUUCGAAGAAAGGAACAACAUCAUCGUCAAGAAGACCAAAGGAAAUGUCUGAACUAAAUGAGCGUUCUUCGUUACAGGAAGCUCCGAAGAAAUCGAGGAGGAAGAAAAAGACGAAAGAAAUUGGAGGAUCAACUAGAUCGAUACGAAGAUCUGACGUGGAUAACAUGUCGGAUUAUAUGUCUGAAACUGGUUCUAUAAGAUCUAUGCCUCAAUUCGACAACAGAGAUGACUUUUGAAAAGGCGAGACAGUCUUUCCUUCCUGUUUGGAGAUAUGCAUGGCUAAUUAAUUUUCAGAACAUACCACUAUAUAUUAGAUUUUUUUAGUCUUCAUUCUUGUACUGUGAUUAUUAUUCACCUUAAUUACAAGAAUACAUUUUUGUUUCUUUAAAUACAAUCGGAGAUUUUGAACAUAAUUCGAGACUAUCUUUUACCAGCGG